AUGACCGAGGCCCUCCGCGAUGAGUACACGAUAGAUUAUGUUGCCAAUUGCGAGACAACACAAGGCAUCGCCGAAGUAGAGGGCAAGGUCAAGGAGUUCAAGCCGGACGUCCUCUUCUCAGCAUCCAUGUGGUCGGCCGAGGAAGCUGUCGAGAUACAGAAGAUUGCGAGAGAGAUCGUGCCCGAGAUUAAGACACACGCCAUUCCUCAGGGCUUGCAGGUGGAGAGGGGACCGGAUGCCAUUGUUGAGCAUUUGCUUGAGGAGGUGCCAAAAUUGCUGGGAUGA